AAUUCCUGUAGUUGGCUAGGGUUGCAUUUACUUGGCCACGUUCUUCAAUCGAUAGCUGUUGACGACAUUUGCUACAACAGAGACCGCGCGGGAAAGAGCGCGUGUCAGAUAGCUUGUGCAGCUGGCUCGUGAAGUCGAUCGUAACGACCAUUUGAUAAUCGGAAAGAAUUUUUCCGUUUCUGGAAUCAUCAGCAACGAUGUUUAGACGGGUUUUGUGGUUUGCAUUCCUCUCCCUAACCUGGUCCGGCGGAUAUUUGUACGUUAUCAACGCCACUGAGGGGCGAAUUACAGAAACCGGAAUCAGUAACGGUUCAGACCCGAUACUCGUACCGAUUCAAGACGGAACAGAUUCCGAUGUGAAUAAUACUUCUCCUGUUGAUGAACCAGCAGAAAACUUAACGAAUGUGUCUGCUAUAGACAAUGAACUUACUGACCAACUGACAACCUUAAUCUACCAAGACGACACUCAGACCUCCGACUGCCACAUGACCACGCAGAGUCAGCUGACGGUCAUCAAAAGUAGUUCAUUUCCCAACAACUACGGUCCUAACUUAGACUGUUUGUACACGGUCCGCCGGAAUUCCUCCAGGUGGUGUUACGUGACUUUCCUUUUCAACGUAUUGGAUUUGGAGGCAAGCGAAGGAUGUGGCAAGGACUACAUUGAGUUGGCCGGAGAAAGAUUAUGUGGCUACAACCCGUCAGGGGUCACUCGUCGUAUUAUUGAAUUUGAAGAUUCAGAAAUUUCAAUGAAGUUUCACUCCGAUGAUGACAUCUCCGGCCUCGGUUUUCUUCUUACUGCCGUGCAGGAAGAGUGUCCACCGCCGAGUUGCGACAGAAAGUUCACAGAAUCCCAGUUCAAACUGUCCAGCCCCAACUUUCCCUUGAAUUAUGAUAAUCGGCGAAUUUGUAAGUAUGUCAUCGUAAAAAGCUCAAGCAUGGUUUGUAAACUUCGCCUCCAGGUGGAGCUAUUUGACGUGGAAUACGACGAUAAAUGUGAAGCCGACUUCUUUGAGUUGGAUGGAGAAAAGUUCUGUGGGAUCAUGUCGGAAGGUCAAAUUGGUAAGCUUUUUUGA